GGACUCUUAUCGCUCGAUUCUCAAACAGCGAUGGUAAUAAUUGGAUGCGUGAUGAUGGUAACUGGUGGUAUGACCAGAAAACUGCUAUUGGAGCGACAAACGACCCUUCAGUGAACAACGAUAUGAUCUCAACAACCUUUUGGUCGGUCAGCGGCAAAGAAAUAAAGAUCACGCGCAGUGACGACCCCAGUCACACUCCUCUGUUACAGACCAUAGGUAACUGUUUGGGUGGACAAACAUUUCGAUCCAAAAUCACAAGUUAUGGUGACUUUAGAAAUGGCACAGUUUGGGCCAGUGAUCAGUGUCUUGAAGACUGUUCGGUUCAAUAUGGUGGACAUUACAAAUCGACAGACGGGUUUCAAAAAGCUGAGUGCAGUGGAAACAUCCAAAGCGCCAACAAGAUCGGCUUCUGGUGUGACUGGGAUACUGGUGAUGGAUCGGUGAUGAUGAUUGGUGGAGGAGGAAGAAGCUGUGCACGUGCUGAUCAUGGGAUUGGAAUUACAGAAACUGGCGCUGCUUCUUUUGUUGAAGAAGGUGGAGUUGGGACUGAAUAUGACUUUGGUUAUGAUGCUGUCACAACGAAGAACCAAUCCCAGUCCUACUCAUUAAAUUUAUGGAUCCGUUAAAAAUAAUCAGGCCUUUAUUUUUUAAAUUUAGUUUAGAACAAGAGAACUUUGUGGAGGUUGACUUGUGAUUCCAGUUAAAUGAGCAUGUAAUUUAAAAUGAUCAGUAAUAAAGAACCUUCCCCCUCUCAUAUCAAAGAUAAAAUAAGUUUACCAUCACGCCAGCUACAACGCUAAGAUCCUUAAAUAUCUUUAGAUUUUCACUGGAGACCAAAUUAAUUGCCUUUAAAGUCGAAUCAUUGAACUGAAUCUGAUUUGUUACAGAGAAGUAUUAAGCGUGGAAUCGGCGCGUUGAAAACGAGGCUGAGUCAUAUUGUUUUGCA